UCGUAUUUAACAAUCAUCGCAUUAUAUUAAGUACGACUUUAAUCAACUUGUAACUUUUUCGAAUUACAUUUUUUUCUUGUUUUAGCUGUCAUUUCUACAAAAACAAUGGCGAAUACCUACAGCGGCAGAGACUCAGGUCGGUUCAGUUCCGAGUCGAGCCUGGAUACCUUUAAAACGUUAAACACCAAUACAGUAUGCACUGACAGAGGUCCAUGUGGCGAUCAAUCUAUGACUGACACUGGAAAACGUAUCCAAUUGGUUAAAAUGUUGUGCCUAACGGUGAUACCUAUCCUCGGUCUCUGGGGCUUCACGUUCUAUUCUUUAACCGACACAAUUAGCAGCAAGACGGCCAACGAAAAGACGAAGAAGGAGUUACAACUCAGUGUAGAGUUGGGCAACCUUAUCCAUCACCUGCAGCAGGAACGAGACAUGAGUGUGUUGUACCUGAGCGCUCUAGGUCCGGAGACAAAGACAUUUUUGUUAACGGAUUACCUGGAGACUGACAAAGCUAUCUAUGCUCUCAAUGACUGGCCGUCGAACUUAGAUAACGAGAACAGAAUGGAGUUCGAAUCGCAAGACAAACUUCAGGAAUACUUAUCUCGACACCGUCAGCUCCUGAGUAAAAACCGGUACAACAUCAACAACGAGCUGGAGUUCUACACCAACAUUAUAGACGUGGUCAUUGUUUGGUUGUACAAGUCCAUCACCCAAGGCAAGUUCGCCGUGGUCUGGAAAACAUUGGUGGCGUACCUGAAAUUGACAAGUGGCAAGCAGGAUAUAGGUAUUGAGCGAGCACUUGGUACACUUUUCUAUGUACAGGGAGGUUUUCUAUCCCACAACUACUUUGAAAUGUACAACAACCGCAUCAACAGGUUCCGUGCGUUCUAUACGACAGCCGAAUUGUACUCGACUAGAGUGGACCGCCUAUAUUCGUCUGGAGUUGAAGGCGUUGGUACCAAUAUAACUGGUAUUAUAAACAACUUCCGGUACGAGAUUCAGCACCAGCAAAUGGGAACUGAAUGGGUUCCUAAUAUACAAGAUGCGCGCUAUUGGUUUGACAACAUGACCUUAUAUCUGGACACUCUAUUGGACAUCCAACGGGACCUUGGUUACGAGAUCAUCGCUCGUCUAGAUGUCGUCAUCGACGAGAGUACACGAGAUUUGUCGAUAAGUGCCUCAUUCUUGGCGGUGGUGCUGAUAAUGUGUCCGCUUGUUAUAUUUGCUACCGAGAAUCUUACAAGCAGCAUUCAAAAAUAUGCCCUCACCCUGGUAGAUAAGACUCGAGAAUUGAUGGAAGAGAAGAAGAAAACAGACUGUCUUCUUUACCAAAUGGUCCCUAAGCCCGUAGCAAAUAAACUACAGAAAAACAUACAUAUUGAUGCUGAAUAUUUCAACUCCGUGACGAUUCUGUUUUCGGAUAUCUACGGAUUUGCCGGAAUGUCCACCGAAUGUUCCCCGAUCGAGAUUGUCGACCUAUUGAAUACUUUGUAUCGGAUGAUCGACGAUCUCCUCGAUGAUUACGACGUAUAUAAAGUCGAGACCAUCAAUGACUGUUACAUGGUUACCUCAGGUAUACCAACGAAAAACGGAAAUGAACAUGUGUCCGAGGUAGCUAAUUUCUCUCUCGCACUUCUUUGGCUCGUCCAGUCUAAAACAUUCGUCAUUUCUAGAAACAGGAAUAUCCAACUUAGGAUUGGAAUCAAUACAGGUCCAUGCAUGGCAGGAAUAGUUGGUUCUGUCCUACCACGGUAUUGUCUGUUUGGUGACACUGUCAAUACGGCUUCAAGGAUGAAAUCUUAUGGAUUACCCAACCGGAUUCAUGUAAGUUCCAGUACAGCCAGCGCCCUCUUCAAGACACGGAAAUAUUUAACUCGUAAACGUGGGAGUAUUACGAUCAAGGGUAAAGGUGAAAUGAAAACAGUAUGGCUGGUUGGAAAGGUUGGAGAUGACAAGAAAUUCGAUCCCGUUGACCAAGACGAUAACCAGACACUAACAACAGAUGAGAUCCCCGGGGAAAUCUUUCAGCAUUACAACCAAAGUUUCUUCACAAAUCUUCCUAUGCCACGCCUUGGAAGGAUAUCCCAGCGUGAAAACAAGCCGACGGCCUCAGUGAUGGCGACUACAAAUUGCGUGGCGACAGUGUUUAAUAAAAACAGUAAUGCCAACGAAAUUAAGACAGAACUGCCACAGACGCCUUUAACGCCUUUUAUUGUUGAGAUGACUAGUCAGGAAACCGACUCGGAAGAGGAGCUGCGUGAAAGAGAACGGGAGAAUAACGAGAUAGUAGAAUAAACAGUUGAUAGCAUAUCCGUGUAGACCUGGAAUCAGACUUCCUACAUAAACAGUUGAUAGCAUAUCCGUGUCCGUCUGGAAUCAGACUUCCUACACAAACAGUUGAUAACAUAUCCGUGUCCGCCUGGAAUCAGACUUCCUACACAAACAGUUGAUAACAUGUCCGUGUAGACCUGGAAUAAGACUUCCUACACAAACAGUUGAUAACAUGUCCAUGUAGACCUGGAAUCAGACUUCCUACACAAACAUUUGAUAACAUAUCCGUGUAGACCUGGAAUAAGACUUCCUAUAUAAACAGUUGAUAACAUAUCCGUGUAGACCUGGAAUCAGACUUCCUACACAAACAGUUGAUAACAUAUCCGUGUAGACCUGGAAUCAGACUUCCUUCACAAACAGUUGAUAACAUAUCCGUGUCCGCCUGGAAUCAGACUUCCUACACAAACAGUUGAUAACAUAUCCGUGUAGACCUGGAAUCAGACUUCCUACACAAACAGUUGAUAACAUAUCCGUGUAGACCUGGAAUAAGACUUCCUAUACAAACAGUUGAUAACAUAUCCGUGUAGACCUGGAAUCAGACUUCCUAUACAAACAGUUGAUAACAUAUCCGUGUAGACCUGGAAUAAGACUUCCUACACAAACAGUUGAUAACAUAUCCGUGUCCGUCUGGAAUCAGACUUCCCCCACAAUUGUUUGAAAAGCUUGUUUAUUAUUUUUUUUAGAUAAUGCAGGUUAACAUCUUCAUAGCUUUUGAGGAUAUAAUAGCGAUAAUAUGCAAUGAUUAGAUAGGAAGUUAGGGAACCAAACAGAUGUUUUGUGUUAUCUUAUAGAUUCUACUAACAACAUGAAGUCUAUAGAACUACAUCCAGUAACUUUAUUUUGAGUUUUCGAAUUUAAUCAUCAAGGUUUUUGUCUACGUUAAUGUCUCUGAUAUACCAAUUUAAAGUCUUUUUAUCUAAUGUAUAUGUUUUAUAUAAAGUAUUCUUGAUGUUUUGUUAUAAUUCUACUAAUUAUUGUUGUUUUCAGUAGUCGAAAACGUGUUGUUUUUUUCUUUUACAACAAAAAGUGUUUUUUCAAUAAUAUUACUAUCAUGUAAUGAAAAGUUUUAAAAAAUGUUUUAGAUGUCGUGUAGAAUUCGCCUAUCUGUCAUAAUUCACGCAAGAAUGGAUAACAAGCCAGCAGUUAUACCGAAAGCUGCUCCGCAAUAAGUGAAUGACGUUUUAGGCGAAUUGCUUAUAAUGUCUUGAUAUCGUUAAAUUAAGUCUGCGGGAUCAUAUAGACAUGAAGUGCCUGAUAUCGCCAGCAAAGUAAAACAUAUAAAAAAAAAAGCUAGCAAUACUUUGCAUAUAAAUUUGUUGUGUUAUCAGAAUGGUCUGUCGUGUAAAGUUUGAGUUAUCAUAUUUAUUGCAGACGAGUUAAUAUUAAAAGCGAAGACAGCUUGAUUAGGACAAGAACCUGAUAUACUACAUAGACUAAGUACAUGGAUGUGUUUGUCGAUGUACAGAUAGAUGAGAAGUUUCUAAUAGCAUUUAUUUAAAUAUUUGUUUAUAUAUUUAUUGAUAUACAUUUAUAUAUAUGUACAUUUGUAUGUAUCUAUUAAUGUAUUUAUGUAAGUAACUGUGUUAUUUACUCCGAGCUUUUCUUGGUUCUAGGACAAUAAUCUAGCAUUCAGUAUGGUCUACCGUCGACAAACAUCCAUAGAUUAUUUAAUUACCCACAGUCAUGCAUUACUUACUUUUGACCAUAAACAUUUUCUGGCAUUUUCCCCAAAAGUAUUUCUAGCUCACUUGGUGGUCUGAUACUUAGUCGGCAUAUGCAUCUUUUUUUUUCAAAUCUGAAUGGGUCAGGAUUUUUUCCCGGAAUAGCGUGUUAUUGGCUUUAUUUUUAUUUUUCUAUAUCGCAGAAACAUUUAUUUUAAAGUUUCGAGGGAUAACUCUCAAAUAGUAUUAGUUGGUGCCAAAAGAUUCUAGUCAAACGAUUGAAGCAUAUUGGCUCACAGUUAUAAGUCGAGAGACCAUGAUAUUUGCCUGUACCAUGUUAUCACUGUACCUUUGAAUGGGAGUUCAUUGACCUUCCCUUUCCCUCAUUUACCAAGAGUUAAAUCAUGUCGUUUGUUGACAUCUUCUUGUCUUACCUAAACACAUAACUAUGCAGGAUGCUGUGCGAUAAAUAAGCAAUAUGUCGAGAUAAAUGUGAUCUGAUCUGAUCUGGUGUCAUGUUAACGAAAUAUGCAAUGUCUCGAUGGUCGUAUAAAGUACCCGGAUUUAUGCAGUUAAAAGUAUUUUGAAAAUCGUUAUAGCACUGUUGAGUUGGGUUUUUUAUGCAAGUAAUGUUAUAAAUAUAUAUGUAUGCAUUUUAUCAAGUACUGUCUUAGUCCAGGUAUUUGAUCGUUUAGCCUCACACUAAGCGCAAAAGAUUUAGUUUUUGCAUUAAGAUUGGUACAUUCUUUGUAGCAGAAAUAGAUUCUUGAAUAUAAGAAUAAUUACUUGCUGUACCAGCCUUUAAGAGCAGUGUCAACCUCUUGUGUAACACUGGAUAGGGGAAGAUAACUAUGUUGCUAAUCUUGUUUACAACACAGAACAACCAAAAACUAAAAACUGGAAAAAAUACCAAGCUUUGAAUAUUGCUUAAAGGCAAUUCAUAUGUCGAACAUAUAAGUUUUUUUGUUUUUUAUUAUUUUGCUGCAUUUUAGGACAGAAUAUCAUAUUAAUCAACAUCAACAUCAAUGCUAUCUUUGUAUACAUUAGAAUUCAAGAAUGUUCAAAUUCGCGCGCUUGGCUGACUGGGGGCUGCUUUUAUGUCCAAAUUAAAUGAUGUUACAAUUUAAACCUGUUAGACUUUAACAAAUACUGAAAUGUGAAUUUAAGUGGGUAAUUCCUAGCAAAUAUUGGUAUCUUGGUUAAGAUAUCUUCCUAUAAUAAAUGACGUCAGGUAGAUACGAUCCUCACGCCGUGCAAAUUUGACUGAACCGUUACAAAAAAAGCUUUACCACUAAUUUUGAACAACAAAAUGUAAAUAUAUAUAUAUAUAUUGUAUUAUAUCAGACUGCUAAAUCUUUUAGAGGGAAUCACCACCAUGAAUUCAUAUCUUAUGUUUAAAAAGAUCUUUUUUCUUAUGAAGGGGGGGGGGGGGGGUAAUGCAAUUUUCAAUAAAAUAAUGGCGUUGUAUGAAUGUUUAACUUCAAAUUGAUCUCAUGAAACAUCUAUUUUAUGACAACUUUUCUAGCAAAAUCAUUUGUAUAAAAGAUGUUCAUUGUUGAGAUUUUUUCAGUUGUAAGGCUAACUUGCAUGAGAUGAACUUUUCAUCAUCAGAGAUUGGACACACCUGCAAACUCAUCUUACCAAAGUUAGUGUUUUAAAAAGUGUUAAACAUACACAAAUGGAUAUAAAAUAUUUGGCAGCAUUUGCUGGUCCUUUUUCAAAUAAAAUGUUUCAGACAUAGGUACUUGUAUGUUGAUCAGUUCGGACAUAAGAUAACCCAAGAUCAUGUCAUGUUUUCAGAACUGAAAUAUUUUCCCUAAUUAUCAUUUUACUAGACUUUUUCUUUUUCAACUACUAACAAUCCUCUUUCUAAAGCAAAAUAUAAAAUCAUGUAGCUAUUAGUUCGAGGAUAAACAUACCUGUAUUGUUUGUUUGGUUGAAUGACUGGACUAUCUAUACAAUGUAAUACAAUACUCUAACAAUAGUAUGGAACACCAGGUUAACAAUACUAUUUAUAGUUUACGUGUUAAUCUGUUGGGAGUUUUAACUACCUUUUAACAUUUGUUAUUACUUUUUUUUAAUUUUGCUGUUGAUUAUUUUGUGAUUUUUUUUAAAUACCGAUUAAUGCAACUAAAGAGGAAUAAACAAAAAGUUGGGUUUUUUUCUUUUCAUUGGUGUAUUUUGUGCUUGAAGUGGAAUAUUUUAUGCGUAAUAUUGUAAAAUUUAAUUAAUAAUGACAUUGUAUAAUGUGUUACAGCUUAGUUCAACCAAACUCAGUAAAUAAUUGGUAUGCGACUAGAAGAUGAUUCACUUUCAAAUGCCUUUUAGUAUAUAGUUUGGAAAUGUUUUGUUAUGUAUUUGUAUUAAAAUGUUUUGCUAUAUAUAAAUUUGAAAAUGUUUUGUUAUGUAUUUGCUAUAAAAUUGUUUUGUUGAAUUUUAUAAAUCAAAGUUAUCGCGCAUUGUUAUAUAAUCAACAGUAAUAUGGCGUGUUGAUUUUUCACUGGUGUUUAAUUUAAAUCAUUGUUAUACUUCAGGUUCUUUAAAACAAUGAACCACUAUGUAAAGUGUGAUAUCAUCAAUAAAAUGAAAUUGCACCAAAUGAAGCACUAACUUAACAGCGAUAUGAUGCUCGCUCCAAUCUUAAGAGCUUGAGAAAUAAUGUUUAUAAUACGAAAAGAAAGCUAAGGCUGACUUUUACAGUAAUCUCAAAUCCCUUGUCAAUAAAUCGAAAACUGAAAGUCCACAUUAA